CCCGCCGGGAAAAGGAGGGGCUGCCCGGGCCGUCCGGCGCCGACACCCCAGCCCGCACCGAGCGGGGAGGCCGGCGCGGUGAGGUUGCCGGGGGGGACGUGCCUCCCCCGGUUCCUGAGGGAGCUGCCGGGCUGCAGCAUUGGCCAGAAAAGGACUUACGGCAAUCGUCUACGUCUUCUGAAGAAGAAGCAGUUUACUUGAAGAUGUUUAUUUAGACUAUUUGAAAAUUACCUGCAGAAAGAGAAUUUAUCUCUUCCCAAGACAUCUGGUUGACCUGGUGCUUCCUAGCUGAAAGCGUUCAAAUGAUUGUCUUCACACAGCCCUCACUUUGAGUGUUUGGAGGCAAAACCUAUCUGGACCAUUAGGCUUAAGGAGAGAGAUUGGCUCUGAUGGGUCGAUAUCUGGUGGACAUUUAGAAUGACUGUGGGCAGAAAAAGGGAGAUGAAUGAUGAAUCACUUCAUGUUUCUGGCAGCAUUGCUUCUCUUGAUGACUUGGUGCACUGCAUACUCGCAGCAAGAGUCCCUUGUGUUUCCAGUAACAUAUCUUAAUGUUCACAAGGAUUUGGCUCUUCAGCGUCUGCUUGUGGAAUGGAAUGUUGGCAAGUCAGCGCAUGAUGCUGAGCUGGUAAUGUCUUUUGAAAUACAAGUCCGUCGAGCAGAUGAAGCUAUUGUGUGGACAGAGUUUCUUAAUGCCACACUCGAUAAAUCAGGAAAGCUUCUUCAUUGGAUAUGGGAUUCUGACUUACCUUUGGAAUGUAUGUCACAUUCAGUGAGAAUCAGGAGCAAAGCAGAAGCUUCAAAAAACUGGAGUCAGUGGAGUCUGUGGGAGACUGUCCAGGGUCUGGAUACUUCAAAUAUCAGUGAACCAAAAAUCUUUCCGGAUGAAAAAAUUAUAGAGGAAGGCUUUGACAUCAGUCUUUGUUGCAUUGGAAGGAAAGGCCAAAUCAUAAAGGAAUUCUUCUUAAAUCCACCUAUUCCUUAUGUCAAUCACACAAACAGUCAAGUUGGACUUCUCAUUGCAAAAAAUGUGACAUUUAAAGGAGUGCCUCAUGUCCUGUGUAGAGAGGCAUGCAAUGAAGACAACUGCUUUGCGCAUGCAGUUUUCUUUGUGGGUAGACCACCUGACACACCUCAUGAUUUUUCCUGCCAAACUCGGAACUUGAGAGAAAUAACAUGUACUUGGGAGCAAGGACGAGACACCUACCUUUAUGGAAGUCAUUCAUCAAAAUACAAGUUGUCUGAAAUGUUUUCAAAAAAUUCUGUUCCAUGCACAGUAAAUUGUUCUGAGAGGUGCUCAUGUUCUUGGGAUAUAGGGAAGCAGAGGAUCUAUAAUAUCACACUGACUGUUGAAAACCCACUGGGAAAGAGAACUGCCAUGGAAAUUUUUGAUGUAGCUCACAGAAUUUAUCCCCUACCACCUUUCCAGCUGUGGGAAGAAUACACAGAUGCAGAAAUCGAGUUACACUGGGAACAAAAGGAAAAAGAAAUUGAACUCUUUUGUCAAGCUGAAGUGUGGCAACCUGAUGGGAAAGCAAAACUGUACAACAGUUCAGACUCAGAACUAUAUCGUAACAGCAUCACCCUUGGUGGACUGCAGCCCUACACCAGUUACACAGCUAGAGUACGUUGUGGUGCAGCUAAGCAUUUCUGGAGAUGGAGCGAAUGGAGCAAAGCCCAUCCUUUCAGAACAAGGGAAAAAGCUCCAUCAGGGAAACUGGAUAUUUGGAGAGAAAUUACGCCAGUUCUGCUGGGGCGGAACGUGACCUUGUUCUGGAAGCAAGAAGCAGGUUUUCAAGCAAAUGGAGAAAUUAUUUCAUAUGAAGUAACCUGGGAAAAAGUAAUAGACAGAUCUAAGCCUGAAUGCAUUCCCCUUUCAUCAGCUUGUAAUAGUACAAGGAUUUUCAUUGAUAAUCAUCCCCACAGAAUCAGUAUCUUGGCAAGGAACAAUGUUGGUUAUUCACUUCCUUCAGUGUUGAUCAUCCCUGGAGCUACAGACACUGAAAAGAAGCUCAGUCGUUCAGAGCUUAAAGAAGAACAAGUUAAUGGUACAGAUGGUGGCAUUUUGAUUUCCUGGAAGCCCAGAGAUAAAUCUGACAGUUACAUUAUUGAUUGGUGUAACUUUCCAAUGCUGCAGCCUUGUGAUUUGCAAUGGGAGAGAUUUGGACCCAACACUUCCAGUGCUCUGAUCAAAUCAGCUGCUUUUGUUCCUGGGGUGAGAUACAAUUUCCACGUCUAUGCAUCUGCUGCUAAUAGAGCCUCCUUACUGGAGAAAAAGACUGGUUAUCUCAAGGAGUUACCUCCUCGAUUUGACCCUGAUGUGAAAAAAGUUGAACUGAGUUAUCAUGAAGUAACACUGUCUUGGGAUCCUUACCCCACAGAUGAGAUACACCCUGGUUUCUUAAGAGGUUACCAUGUUUAUGUGUCACCUGUGCAAGAGGACUGCAAUUUGAAAGGAGCCAAAAAUCACGUUCUUGCAGAUGGUUCAGUGCUAUGUAAAUUCACAAUUGAAAACCCAGAAGAAAAAACGUACACAGUGAAACACUUGACUUCAAACACGAAAUACAAGCUAUCCGUUAAAGCGUACACAGGAGGAGGAGAAAAUCACCUUACCAACUUCAGAUACAUAGAUACACCACUGGACUCAGACAUGCUGUACCUUCUAGUCCUGCUUGUGGUAGUUCCUUCACUAAUAAUGGCUGUAUGCCUCUGGAAGAUGAAGUGGGUGAAGGAUUGCUGCUGUCCUGUAAUACCUAGUCCUAACAAGAGCAAAGUGCUGUCAUUCAAAGAGUUUAAAAUUGGUUCUGAGAAAGUACUGAAGCUAAGCAACUGCAUUCCUGACACCCUAGCACUGGAUAAUAAGGUUGAGGCCAAAAAAUUACGUCCACAGAGCCUGAUGUCUUCAACGCCAACAGAAGAUAAGAUGGAUGAUCAGAAUCUUUCCUCAGUUUAUCAUAACAAAAAUGAGGAGAGAAGCUUUACAUCCACAUCUACACCUCAGACGCAUACUUGGUUUGAAAAUUUUGCUUAUUCUUCUCAUCUUGCAGUUGAAACCAAUCCCUAUAAAACACCAGAGACACUAGAAACUGGCAAGGGAGAACUGUCAGCAGUGCUGUACCAGCCACAGUACUACCUCAAUAUUUUGAAUGGUGCUUCUGCCUCAUCACCUGGAGAAGCAGCUGGCAGAAAGACCAAUCUGAGAUACAUUUCACAAACAGAUGUGCACUGCAUUGGAAGGAGGCUUUGAUGUGCCCUCUUUGAGUUUUUGUGUUACAAAAUACAAACAGGAAUUUCUGAAUCCACAGCAACUUCUCUUUCCAGUAUAGGCUUUCACAAGCCCAGAUGUCCUACUCCUGUUAUCUCUGCAAAGCUGCUCAUUAAUGACUAGUUCAAGAAUACUGGCUUUUGCAGUGGAAUGCUGUGUGCUAUCAUUUGAUCAGAAAUUACUGGCUUUAAGAUUUGCAGGCCAAUGUUUUGAAGCCUGUAAUAUGCAGUGGGAACUGUUUUUCCAUCAGGACAGCUGUUUGUGGAGGUGUUACCAAGGCACUCAUUGUGCACAUAACCUUUUUUGGCAUUAACCCUUGCACUUAGCAAACUCCAGACAAUUAUGUAAGCAGACACGAGUCAGAUGCAGUUACAUUAAUCCCCUUCGCAAAGAACAUAUUCAGGCUAUCAGCUGGAUCUUCAGAUACUAUUGUUUGCAUGUUAAAAAAAAAUUCUUCCUCCAGCUAGUGAUGAAGGAAAAGCAUGCUAGCCGUGAUUUUGAAACUCUCAAAGACAUUCCUUUUGAUAUUUAACACAUUUUAGCUUGCAGCAUUUGCAGAAACAUGAAUUGAGCACUAUGACUGUGUGAUAACUGAGAAUUUGAACAGCAUACUGAGGUGAACUUGGUCUUCUUUGAUUUUCAGAAAUUAUAUGUUUGUAACAAGCACAACAGAUUGUAUCCAGUAGUAGUAACUGUAUCCAAAAGACCUUCAUUUCAAAAAAAGGCCUGUUUAAAGCAAACUUGAAAUGUAGACUAAAAUCAAGAGUUACCAAAGGAACUCUCAUACAGGACUCAGUGAAAAAGGCUGAUUAUCCCAUGAGCCACAUUUACCAACAUUUUAAAUUCUGAUGUGAUGCAGGUUCUUCACAGCAGAGAGGACAGCUCUAACAAGGCGUUAUUUCCUACUUCUGAGCUGCUGUUGGUGGGGCUUGGCUGCAGCAGUUGGUCACAAAGUGGCAGGGAUAGCGUGGGUGGAGGUGAUGCAGCGGGUGCUGCCUUCCUGAUGGGAGGUGAGAGACCUGGGCCUGUCAGGAGCUCCCAUCUCAGCUCCAGCAAAGGUGGCUCCUUUGGUCUUUCUUGGACUGAAGGCAUUUUGUCAUUUGGAAGCAAGAAAACAGCCUAACAGCAGGCACAGGCCAGCCUGGCAACAUGAGAGCUCCGCCUGUCAUCUACAAACCUUUCUGUGUGCUGCACGUGACAGCUCUUGUGUCACAAAACAUAGGAACAGACUGUUCCGAGGAGAAUUCGUGUAGGUGGAAGGGUACAGUCAGGGCACUAGAAAAAUAUUUCUCACAUGGGGAUAGAAAGGCAUGUAAAUGCAUUUUUUUUUUUUUUUUUUAAGACAUCUGUCUUGCAUUAAUAAUGGCUGAAUGGGUUCAAAACUGAAAGUUUUAUUUCUUGUUUCAUUUCUUGUUUAUAAUUCAGCUUUCACAUCUGUUGUUGAAAUGCUAACACUUGAAUUGUGCAAACAUCACAUAAUGGAAAGUAACUAAUCUCAGUUUCAGUACUCUGAAUAAAAUAAAAAUGGUGUACAAACUA